AUGAUUCCCCCACGCCUAUGGUUCCACAUUGGAGUAAUCACCGCAGCCGUUGUGCUGGCGAUGGUGAUGCCGGGCAGGAAGUGGCUGCUAUCGUCUGCUACCGAGCAGGUACAUGUGUCAAAAUUUACAACAGAGGCCAAUUCAACUCCUUCUACCCUAAGUAGCCGCCACCAGGAUGCAAAGCAGCAUCUACUUCACCAGCUACAGCGGCCGGAAGGCGAAUUUAGUCAAUACCAUCCUCGAUACCGACUGCUAGCUGCUCUUCAUGGGUUUUAUCGGUACCGCACAAUCGCUCUGAACGAUUUGAACACCAUCAAAGAUAGAUACAACAGCAUAUCUAAAGAACAGCAAGGGUUGAUUGAGAAUUCUAUAAAAUACAACGAAAAGAUUCGGCGGACGGAGCAACUCAUCGAUGAAAAUGACAAAGUCGCUCAGAAAAUUGUUGACUAUGGCCUUGAGUAUUACAACAUCAAUUUCUCCGAGCUUCAGAGUUUCAUCAACGAUGUCGAAUCUGGAGGCCAUUCUGCAGAACGCGUUAGUGUCUUGCAGGCGCUGAAGCAUUAUGUUCGAGACUGGGCGCCGGAAGGCGAACAUGAACGGAUCAGUUCCUUUCCUCAGAUACUGGGCACCCUCGAAAUGCUGUAUCCGGAACGGAAUGCUUCAAACCCCCUUCAAGUCCUGGUCCCGGGCUCUGGCCUUGGACGACUAGCUCACGAUAUAGCUGGUCUAAACGGCUUUGAAGUGAUUGCCAAUGAAUGGUCCACAUUUAUGAAUCUUGCCUACCGCUACGUUACGUCUCCUAAGGCGGCAGUCGCCAAUUCUUCUACAGUUUACCCCUAUAUCGAUUGGUGGUCUCACCAGCCGACAACAGAAGAGUUGUUUCGGCCGGUUACAUUUCCGGCCGUGUCAAUAGACCCCUCUUCCGUCGUUCUCGUGGAAGGUGAUUUCACCAGGGAGUUCGAGAAACCUUGCGAUAAUGGCAAGUUUGAUGUCAUAGUUACCUUAUUUUUCAUUGACACAGCCCGGAAUAUUCUCACCUAUAUUGAGACCAUUCACCGUUUGUUGAAGCCAGGUGGAAUAUGGAUCAACCUCGGACCAUUUCUCUAUGGAUCUGCACCCUACCUCCAGCUGUCCUUAGAUGAGACCAUCAGCGUCGCUGAAGCAGCCGGUUUUGAGUUUAAGGACACAGACUCGCAGUAUGGAGAGCUGAGCCUUCCCAACAAGAAAGCCCGUCAAAUGGAAGCGCCGUACGGAUUUAACAACAAUACAUUGUCCAAAAAUGCAUAUCGGGCGCAAUUCUGGGUGGCUUCUCGUCGGUAA